GUUGUAUCUCUAACUGUCGUUUAUCAAUCUAGGCCCUGGAAAAAGGACCGAAAGAAAGCCGUUUUCGAUUUUCUUUUCUCCCCUUCUCUGACUGCCGUUUCUUGUUUGUGAUAAACCGUCCCUUUGCCAGCUCGCCCCCAUUCGACUUUUUCUCCUCCUUCGCUGUCAUCAUCAUCAUGCCACAAGAAGUUUACUGUGUGUAUUUAUUUGAUUUGGUGAAAAUCCAUUUUCAUCGUCGUUUAAAUGAAGAAUCUUGUUCUUCGAUUACCCCAUGAAAGUAAAAGAACUUCAACUUCGAAAUCCCUUUAAAUUUCUUCCCCAUAACCCCACGAAAAUGACAUUUUGUGGGUAGUUUAUACAACGAAUUGUUCCACCCACCACUACCCCUUUUCACCUCAACUUCUAGGGUGCUAUAAUCUUCCCAAUUUCGUAAAUCUCGAAAGAAUUUCGCCAUUUCUGUACAGAGUUUUGUUUAAUUUCAAUUAUUUUGUGAAAAAAUCGUUCCUUUCUUCUAUUUCUUUUCGGUUCCGACCCUUAUGCUUGAACCCAAUUCGAUUUAAGAAGAAAAGAAAGAAAGAGAGCAUAAGGGUCUUGUCCAUGGCGUCGAUUCCUGCAGGUCCGAGCUCGGGAUCGAGUUCGAGUUCUGGGUUUCAGUCCCCUUUCGGUGAUACGACUUUCACCAAAGUGUUCGUUGGUGGGCUUGCUUGGGAGACUCAGAGUGAAACCAUGCGUCAAUACUUCGAGCAAUUUGGAGAGAUUCUUGAAGCUGUUGUGAUCACUGAUAAAAACACCGGCCGAUCCAAGGGUUAUGGUUUCGUGACUUUCCGUGAUCCUGAAUCUGCUUCAAAAGCAUGUGUAGAUCCAGCUCCGGUCAUUGAUGGUAGACGGGCGAAUUGUAAUUUAGCUUCACUUGGACGCCCUCGUCCUGCACUUUCUUUUGGACGUGUAUCACCAACAAUAUCUUAUGCAGGAGGUGUGCAAACUGCUCGUGUGCCUUCUAUAGGAAGCUAUGGCUACCAACAACAACCACCACUUUUUUAUGGCUACAGACAAGGAUUAAUGUAUCCCUCAUACCCCAGGUAUGGAACGUAUAGUCCAGAAUAUGUCUAUCCACAGGGCGUAUACAAUCCGUAUUCAAGUCAGCAGUAUCUUCAAGUAUACGGAGCAGUUAACCCGCCCAGCAUGUAUCCAUACAAUCAAAUGGGUCAAAUAGCUCCAAGUGGUCAUGGUUACACGGCCUAUCCAGGUUAUAAUACAUUACCAGGUCAUCAAAUUGUGCAAUUCGGUGGGCCAAAUGUAAAUGCAGCUACUACUACUUCAUCCAUUCGGUCAAUUCAAGCAGCAUAUCCAACAGGUGUUGUAGCACCUGUUCAAGGACAGCAAUUUGAUGAAGGUCUGAUUAAAAGGUAUCCUUAG